AUGGCACGUGCGAGCCUCGGAAUAGGAAGGCUUGAGGGUCAUAACAAGAAGUCCGUGCGUUAUCAAAAAUUGUAUAAUCAGAACUCCCUGAAAAUGGUUUUCAUCUUGGGGAUCUCGUUCGCUGAGAGAAAUUUGGUGAAGAAAUCGUUGGAGUCCUUCUAUGGCUUAGGGAACCAAGCUUCAGCUCGCAUUAUGGCCAAGCACUACAUCCAUCCCACGGCGACUGUCGGUUCCUUGUCACAAAAAACGGUCACAUCUCUGACCGCUGAGCUUUCCACCAUGCCUUUAGAGACGGAAUUGAGACGAAGGUUGCAGGAUAACAUCGAAAGAAUGAGGACUAUGGGUAGUUACCGGGGGAGGAGGCAUGCGAUGGGCCUGCCAGUAAGAGGGCAAAAUACGAAGAGUCAGAUAUCAACGGCAAGGAAACUCAACAAAGUACAUAGAAAAGGAUAAGAGUUUUAUAUUGGAAAUGUUUGUACAAAUAGGAUUGUAUUGCGGGCGCAUCUAAAGGUUCGGGGGGCUACACAAAUAGUGACGUCAAAAUUAGAAACAAACUACUCCUGGGCCACAAGGCGUAAGGUCACAGAAGAUGAAAUGGAAUGAACCAUGAAUGGCACCGGUUGUUUGUCAAGUUUUCAAGCGUUGGAUCGGCCAAUUCUCCGUCCCAACGUUGGAGACACAUACAAAUGCAGAGCUUCAAGCACACACUCUUUUGUUUUAAGUUUCCUGAGUCCUAUCUCCGGCCCUUCGCAAUGAGGGAGUAUCACCUCGCGAUCAUUUCCAGUUGUGCUUCUUUACCACAGUACUUGUCUGCUACUCAGACGAAACAGACUCUCAUAACAAAAUCCUAUUCUCUGAUGAUUUACAUAAACAAGUAAACACUUUACCAUGGCUUGGAUACAUUUGACUGAUUGUUUUCCAAAUAUUGUUGUUCGUCUAAAACAUAGUCUCUUUUGAGUGCACUGUGGUGCAGAUUUCGUGAG